AUGGCAACAGGAGUAGCAGCAUGGCUCCCCUUCGCCAGGGCUGCAGCCAUUGGCUGGAUGCCUGUGGCCAACUGCCCCAUGCCUAUUGCACCAAGAGACAACAGCAAGAAACAAGAUGAACUUAUCAUCCUCAAUGUCAGCGGCCGUCGUUUUCAGACCUGGAGAACCACGUUGGACCGCUACCCGGACACCCUACUGGGCAGCUCUGAGAAAGACUUCUUUUACAAUGAAGAAACCAAGGAGUACUUCUUUGACCGGGAUCCUGACGCUUUCAGAAGCAUUCUCAACUUCUACCGAACAGGAAAGCUCCACUACCCCCGUCACGAGUGCAUCUCAGCCUAUGACGAGGAGCUGACUUUCUUUGGCAUCAUACCUGAGAUCAUUGGUGACUGCUGCUAUGAAGAAUACAAGGAUAGAAAGAGGGAGAACUUAGAGCGUCUGCAGGAUGAUCAGGAAGAGAAUAUGGACUUGAAGCUGCCCAACAUGAACUUCAGAGAGACCAUGUGGCGAGCCUUUGAGAACCCCCACACGUCCACCAUGGCCCUGGUCUUUUACUAUGUCACUGGGUUCUUCAUUGCUGUCUCGGUCAUCACAAAUGUGGUGGAGACGGUGCCCUGUGGUGCUACUGCCAACCAGAAAGAUGUGCCAUGUGGUGAACGCUACACUGUUGCGUUCUUCUGUAUGGACACUGCCUGUGUUAUGAUCUUCACAGUGGAGUAUCUAUUGCGCUUGUUUGCUGCACCUAGUCGUUACCGCUUCAUGCGCUCUGUGAUGAGCAUCAUCGAUGUGGUGGCUAUCUUGCCAUACUACAUCGGUUUAGUGAUGACCAACAACGAGGAUGUGAGCGGUGCCUUUGUGACUUUGCGUGUGUUUCGAGUGUUUCGCAUCUUCAAGUUCUCACGCCAUUCGCAGGGCCUGCGAAUCCUGGGUUAUACACUGAAGAGUUGUGCUUCAGAGCUGGGCUUCCUCCUCUUCUCACUCACGAUGGCCAUCAUCAUCUUUGCCACGGUCAUGUUCUACGCAGAGAAGGGCUCCAGCUCCAGCAAGUUCACCAGCAUCCCAGCUUCCUUCUGGUACACUAUUGUCACCAUGACGACGCUGGGGUAUGGAGACAUGGUGCCAAAGACAAUUGCUGGAAAGAUCUUUGGCUCCAUCUGCUCCCUGAGUGGCGUGCUGGUGAUCGCUCUGCCCGUCCCUGUCAUCGUCUCCAACUUUAGCCGCAUCUACCACCAGAACCAGAGAGCAGAUAAACGCCGUGCUCAGAAGAAAGCCAGACUGGCCAGGAUAAGAAUAGCCAAGUCAGGCAGUGCCAGCGCCUUCCUCCAGAGCAAACACAACGGACUUCUCAAUGAACUGCUGGAGCUGACGGGUACAGAAGAGGAUGAGCAGAAGCUGACCCAGAAGUCCAUCUCUCUGUUAGAGAGCCAACACCACCACCUACUGCACUGUCUGGAGAAAACAACUGACCAAUUUGCCUUGGGAGACCUUACCAGGGGGCAAAAGCCCUCGGACAUCACAGCCCCUGGGAUCCCUGGCACACACAAACCCCUCCACCAUGAUAAGGCUCAUGAGUUUGUGGACGAGCAGAUAUACGAGCAGAAUUGUUUGGAAACAGCUCUGCAGACCUAUCCCUCACGCAGUCCCUCUAUAUCCAGCCAUGACAGCUCUGCACGUACCUGUUGUGGCCAAAAGAGAAAGAGAAAUGUUCCUCUGCCUAACACCAGCCUGCCCACCACCCAUCCCAUCCCAACACACCACGGCCCGCUGCAGGAGCUCAGUGCCAUACACAUACAGUGUGGUGACUCCCUGUCACACACCACCAGCCGCUCCAACCUCAACCUCAAAACCGAUGAGGGCAGCAGGAUCAACUGCAAAAGCGGCCGCAUCACCACAGCCAUCAUCAGCCUCCCAACACCCCCUGCUUUGACCCCUGAUGGUGACGGCCUUCACGGGCCCCCACAGCGGAGGCCGCCCCCGCCUCCAAGUCACCCACCACCCAUGAGCAUCCAGACCACAACGAGUUCAGUUGGCGCCAAUAUCAUCAAAGUCUCGGCUCUGUGACUGUGUGGCUGACAGAUGUAUCACUCACCCCAGCGGGGGAAAAAACAGAAGAAGAGGAGGAAGCAGGUAACACUACAUUCAUGGACGUACCAUGUCCCUAUUACAGGGACAAUGAGAAGAGAGCUGUACUCCAGAGGACUGACUAGUUAUGGAGACAUUACUGAGGUAGUGGACUGUAGAUAUGUGACCUGAGAAUCACGCUCCUGUCAUGUCGUGUAUGUACUGUAGAUACGAUGAGAACUGCUGCAUAUCUAAACAU